UUCGCCUCCUCCUCACAGCUUCUCUCCUGCUUUCUAGGAAGAUCAGCCCAUCUACAUGGCGGUGAAGGGCGUGGUGUUUGAUGUCACUUCUGGGAAGGAGUUUUAUGGACGAGGAGCCCCCUACAAUGCCUUGGCCGGGAAGGACUCCACCAGAGGAGUAGCCAAGAUGUCCCUGGAUCCUGCAGACCUCACCCAUGACACCACGGGCCUCACGGCUGAGGAGCUGAAAGCCCUGGAUGACGUCUUCACCAAAGUGUACAAAGCCAAAUAUCCCAUCGUCGGCUACACAGCCCGAAGAAUCCUCAACGAGGAUGGCAGUCCCAACCUGGACUUCAAGCCCGAAGACCAGCCCCAUUUUGACAUAAAGGACGAGCUCUGAUGUUCUGUCUGUAGGAGGGUGAGGCAGAGAGACGCUUGGCUCUCUGGUCACCUGGGUCUGAAUAAAGCAGACGUCUGACCGGGACGGACGCCGAAUGCCUUUACUGUCCUGGGUCACGUGCUCUGUGCACCUGGGUCUCCUGCCCACACGCCAGCCCGGGUGGUAGUAACAGCCUCGUCAGGGUCCCUCUGGGUGGUUGAAUUAACCAGUGACUUUCAUUUCUUCUUUAUUAUUUUUCUGUACUUGCCACCUUUCUUACUGUGACCAUGUUUGCUUUAGAAUAAGCACAGAAAUAAACUUAUUUUCAUAAAAGAA